AUGAUUGCCGCGCGCACCACCGCCCGCCCGGCCACGUUCGCCGCGAACAAGGCCGCGAAGAGGUCCCGGGCGAAUGCGCCGCGCUUCGUGCCGAGGGCCGCCGCUGACGACAUGCAGAUGACCGGCCUGGUCUUCGAGCCCAUCGACAACGAGGUCUCGCGGGAGCUCACCAGCGUCUCCAAGGCCAAUGCGGCCGUCGACUCCCUCGCGCGCGUCGACCUCCACCCGGAGUGCGAGGCGGCCAUCAACGAGCAGAUCAACGUCGAGUACUCCGUGUCGUACAUCUACCACUCCCUGUUCGCCUUCUUCGACCGCGACAACAUCGGGCUCCCCGGGUUCGCCAAGUACUUCAAGGCGCUGUCAGAGGAGGAGCGCGAGCACGCCGAGGGCCUCAUGGAGUACAUGAACAUCCGCGGCGGCAAGGUCAAGCUCAUGCCGCUCGCCGCGCCGCAGACGGAGUUCAACAACGACGGCAAGGGCGAGGCGCUCUACUCGAUGGAGCUGUCGCUCGCGCUCGAGAAGCUCAACUACCAGAAGCUCAUGGGGCUGCACCAGGUCGCGGACAAGCACGGCGACGCGCAGCUGUGCGACUUCGUCGAGGGGGACUAUUUGCAGGACCAGGUGGAGGACAUCAAGAAGACCGCCGCGUACGUCUCGCAGCUCCGGCGCGUGGGCAAGGGCCUCGGCGUGUACCAGUUCGACCACCAGCUCGCCGAGGCCGAGUAA